AUGGCUUCUCUCCGUGCGGUCACCGGGAUUGGUGCAGCUGCUUCUUCAGAACCCGCAGCAGCAGCAGCAGCAGGGAAUCUGUCAGCUGCUGCUGUGAAUGAUAUCAAAGAUGAGGGAAACCGUUUGUUUAAGGAGGGGGACUUGGCGGGGGCCUCUGCAGCCUACACUCGCGUUAUAGACGCCUGCACAACAGCAACUGCAAAGGGAGUUCAAGCAAAUGAUGCGGUGGAGAAUCCAUUGCAGGAGGUGUUGGCUGCUGCUUAUUGCAAUCGUUCUAUGUGUCGGCUAAAGCAGCAAGACUACAAAGGGGCAGAGACGGACAGCCGGGCUGCGCUGCGGCUGCAGCCCAAUUACCCGAAAGCCCUUUACAGACAGGCCCUCUCGCUACGGUUGCUGGGGGACUACGGCGCUGCGGCUGAAGCCCUCGGCCGGCUGCUUCGGCUGGAUCCCCGCAAUAAGGAGGGGGCCCAGCUACUUCAAUUGCUGCGGGAGACUCUAAAGCAGAAGGAGCAGCAGCAGGCGGACAGCAACAUGCCUUCGGCCCUGCUAGAGACAGCGCUGAAUGCAGACGAGACGGAGACCAAAAGGAGGCAAGCUUUUGCGCGCUUAGGGCAGAUGGUUCAGCAGAGGGAGACGCUGCAAGAGGCCGUAGCAAAGGAGGGACUGCUGCAAAGACUAGCACUGUUUCUGAAGCAGCAAAACGGGAAAACACAAGCCGUCCCUGCAGCAAAAGCAACAGUUGCUGCUGAAGAUGAUUCAGCAGAUGGGCUGGCAAAAGCUUCCCCCGACAUUCCUGCUGCAGCUGCUGUCCCGGCUUCUGUUGAAGCAGCAGGGUGGGAGUUGCUAGCGGCUUUGGUUCAGUUCAGUCCGCUGGGUCUUUCUGACACUGACAGCAGCAGCAAAAACAGAAAGAGCGGCCAGGACCACUUGUUGCUCUCCGUUGAUGAGCCCCUGGUGAUCCCCUCACGCGUUCGCCUCUGUCGCGAAGCUCUGCGCAAUAUCUGGCGCUCUGAAGACUUUCUUUUGGCCUUCAGGAGACUUCAGAAGCAGGGCUUACUACCACCCCCCAGCGACAGCAACGGCAACGUGGACAGUCGCCACUGGCGCGGCUUGUGUUGUGUGUGUUUGCUGCGUGCCUUUGCCUACCUGAAGCAAAGUGAGGCAGACUCAUUUGAACAUGACUCUUCUUUCCUUACUGCGGUUGCUGCUGCUCUAGAUUGCAGCGAGGCUCCCCAGCUGCAGGUGGCUGCGCUGCAAGCGCUUGCAGCCGUGGCAGACGCAAGGAGGCGCCUGGGCCUGAAGGCCAAGGCCCUAACACUGAGACACGGGAUCGAAAGAUCCAUGGAGGCAGCCCUCACAUUGCUCUCGGCAGCAACAGACGCCAAAGAAUGCGGGACGGGCUCGCAGGAGCAGCAGCAACAGCAGAAGCAGCAGCUACUUACUCUUGAACGUAACGUGGAAUUGGUGGUUGUAUCUCUCUUCAGGCUUCUAGGGGACCGUGAGAGGGCAGAGGCCGACAGAGUGGACAUUCAGAGGCUCGCUGACCAGUUGCUGGCGCCUUUUCUUUCUCAUUGCUGCAGCAAAAAUAGCAGCAAGCAGGCGGAGACCUACGUAGGCCUUAAGGCGCUGCUAUUCCUAAUGACUGCUGACAGAGACAGCGCGAGGGAUUUCAUCCUCCAAGGCUCUCUCCUGCCUCACAUCUUGUCAGCAGCAACGGGAGAAGCAGCCGCAGGAGCGGGGCUAGCGGGCACACUGCAGCAGCAACAACAACAGCAGGUGGGUACCGCGCUGCUGCUGCACUGUCUUGACUACGUGGAGCUGAGGCAGAAGCUGUUGGAUGAGGACGGGAUGAACACCAUCCUGCAGCUGCUCAGAGAAAGAGACAGAGGAGACCCCCUAACGGCAAAACUGGCAGUGGCCCUCGCCCGUGUUUGCGUUCACAGCGCAGCAGUCAGGCAGGAGGUGCUGGAGCAAGUCGAUUUCACGAACUUGCUACAGGAACUCUUGGUACAAAUGCUGCAGAAGCAGCAGCAAAAGCAGCAGGGCUUGGAUAAUGACCUUGGUGUUUGUGUUCUUGAGCUUUUCUUCUUUUUGAGCCUUCAUGCUGAGUUUAAGGAUAAAUUGUUGCACCUCGGCAAGUCUCCAGACGGGCAAAAGGAUCUUAUAGACACUCUAUUACAAGUAGGCAGCCAGUUCUGCAACAGCAGCACCGACAGCAGCCGAAAGGGCAGCGGCAGCAACAGCAGUCUGCCUCGCUAUCUGUUGUGUGGAGGCCUGUGCAACUUGCUGCGGUCUCGGGAGGACAAGGACCGCAUGCGCCGUCGGGGGUCCCGCGGGAACCCGGGCGGCGUUGACCUUGAUGAGAGCCAACUGGAGGCUCUGGAAGCCCUCUACAGCUCUUUGCCUGCGGAGGCAAAGCCUGUGGCAAACGGCGAGGUGGAUUUAGGGGACGAAUCCAACGUACGCACACUCCGUGAGCUGCUGCUGCAGCGGGGUGCGGUGAAGCUGCUGGUACGGGCCUGCACAGCCAAGCCCCUGCCUUCUGCAAAUGUGCUUUUGGCAGCUGGCAAGGCUUUUCGCCUCCUUGCAAAAAACGAGAAGGCGAGGGGAGUUAUGGUGAGGGAAGGGGCCCUGCGGGCCUUGCUGACGGCCAUUGGGGCUUUGAAGGGAUCCCCAGAGGACCAGCAGGACCUGCAGCAAGCAGCAGCACAACUGUGCAUCUCUGUGGAUCCAUCCCUUUUCAGCUACAGCGAGGCGCUUGACGCGGUGCCGGCCGUUUUGCCGCUGCUGCAGCACGGGCAUGAGCUACUGCAGUACGAGGGGGCCCUCGCACUGACUAACCUGCUGAGUGUCAGCGAGGAGCUGCGGCUGCGGGCAUUCGCCGGGGGCGCCUGGCGGAAGCUGGCUGAACUGAUAUUCACCGACAACGAUUUGCUGCGGGCAGCAGCACUGGAAGGUUGGUGCAACUUGGCGAGCAGCGAGAAGGUGCAGCUUGACUUGGGAGACAAGACAGAAGGCAAUGCAGAUGUACAGGACCUAAAGCUGCUGCUGGCGUUUUGCAGGGAGACAGAAAACAAAAGAGCGCAGCAAGCGGCAGCAGGGGCACUUGCCACAUUACUCAACAACUCAAAAAUCGCCAAGGCACUGCCCACCUACAGCAACUACGGCAACCUGCUGGAGGCCCUGGAAGAGGCGGAGCAGGACGAGGGGCCCCUGCUGGACCGGCUGCUUGCCUGUCUUUUCAACAUAUGGGCAGAAGAAGCUUCGACGGACGAAGAAAAAGAGACGAAAAAACAAGUUUUUGAAGCAGUGAACAAGCAUAAGGAUAAAUUGAAGGGGCUUGCAGCAAAACUGGCCCAACAAAUGCUUGCUGCCAACGAGAAUAGCAAUCACAAACCACAAGUACAAGAUUCAACAGCGUCCGCAGGGAAUGCCUCGAACUAA